GAGGUCCGCGAACUCCAGCGCCAACUAGACCACAGCCUGAAGCUGGAAGAGUUCCUGAGGACCAAGGGCACGGUGCGGCUGACGGCUGCUGACGCGAAGGCCGAGGCCAAGAGGCUUGAGCAGCAGGAGGAAGAGAUGCGGGCUUACAACAACUAUGUGAAUGUGCUUGAUGCUAUACGGGAGUUCACCGGCGAAGAAGACGUGGACAAGCUGAUCCAGGAGUUCACUCGCCGGGAGGAGGAGAACUACGCCCUCUUCAACUACAUCAACGAGGUCAACACAGAACUGAAGAACCUGAGCGAUAACGUGAGGAUACUCCAGGCUAACAUUG